UAUAACACAAUCUUCUCUCCAUUUCAUUCAGGUAAUGCUCUCGCGUUGCACCUGGAUUAAUUGCACGCUGGUGUAACAACAUAAAGCGGCGGUCACAACUCCUACCGUACACUGGAGGAUUAUGACCUUCUCUUUUUCGCUCUGCUGACCGUAGUGGGAGUCCACAACAUUGAGUUAUAUGGUAACAAGGAGUGUGCAGCCUGAGAUGGACAGGACAGCUGAAACAGCUCGGUUGACCAGUGAAAGACGCUAUGGUAUUUAUCGCACUGGAUUGGCUGCUGCUACUGUGCUCAUCGUCGUAUUGGCUGCCGGUGGAAUUACUUUAAUUUUUGGGAUUAAUAACACUACUGUUUUACUGUGCAUUUUGUUACCUUUGUUAUUGAUCAGUGCUGCUAUUGCUCAAUUGUUUCUAUGGUGGCAGCAUAAAAAAGCUGUGCAGAAACGCGAAAUGGCUGCAAAUGAAUGGGUUUCUUCUACUUAUGCUAGACAGCAAUCGCAAACUACCGCACCGCAGGAAAGUCCCAGGAACAGCUUGUCCUGGUUCAGAAGAAUUUCACAAAGAAAUUCUACUCGUUCUACGCCGCCUCCUGGUUAUUUGACUGUCGUGGCUACAUAGAAAUGGAUAUUGUAGAUACUCUUAAAUUAAUGUAUAGGAUGAGAAGUUUUAUUUUGAAAUCGCCCCUGUAACUUUUCAAUAUUUUUGAUAAUGGUUAGUUCGGUAAAUGCGACGUUUUAUUUAUUUAAAAUAAUAUUCCGUUGGUUUUUUCUUGUAAAAAAUGCGACAGUACUGAGAUUUUGGUAUUUUUAAUAGAAAUAUAUUUGUCAUACUUUCUGUAAUAUACAGUUAAUUGAGAAUCCAUUUGCCAGAUGAAGUGUAAAUGUGGACGGAGGAAAAGACUAAUAUAAAAUAAAAGUCAGGCACAGCAUUAUUACUUAUAAUAUUAAUAUACAUAUUAAAUAUGUUAUUAUUAAUAUUGUCUAUCUUAUAUGUUGAUCAUGUCUAAUUAGCAUCAUAAAAAUUUAUAUAAAAUCUAUAAUCAAAUUUAAUACACCUAGUGACAAGUAAAUAGUCAAAAAUAUGAAGCUUGGCUUAUGUAUUUCCGUAAAUUCAUAGAAUGAAAUAAAUUGCAGUAUGUUAUUAUA